CAGCGAUUCUGAACCACAUGAUAGCUCAUCGCAAGCUCAUCGCGAUUAUCCAAUAUCAAAGGUUUGUUUUCUGUUCCUACAUGAAGAUUGCACUAGAACUGAACGGAAUUAAACUAGUGCAAUCCAGAACCGACGAGAGUAAAUGUGCAGGUAAAAUAAACAUGAGCAAGGAUCAUCUUACAUCCAAGACUGUAUUGUCUUUGUGGUAAAGCAUCUGUCCUUGCCUUUUUAUUAUCAUAGUCGAUUACGAGGUAAGCAGAGAAUUUAAGACAGAUUGUAUCUAUAAAUGAAAAGUGCUGAUGUUUGCUGCCAGCAGGCAUGUCUGAGAAUACUCACAACAAGGAGCAAUGGCAGCUUCUCCACAGUCUUCGAUCUACUGUAGAGGGUCUGCUGAUCGAUGGAGUGUCCAAUGUGUGGAAUGUUUAUGGUGGUCUGAAUCGGCUGCACAGUAUAAUGGAACAGAUAUUCAAGCAUGGCUGUCGCAUAUUCGAUCCUAAUGGUGAGCCGGAUUGUUGGAUAUUCAUUCAAGGACUGAAUUGGCUUCAACCAUCUUUAGCGACCUCACCAAUAUUGUCAGAAAACGAAGAUUAUUUAUGCAAUCUACCAGCUAGGAUAACAUCCAAGAAGGAUAUGUUAUGGCUAUACAAAAGUUUAGAGGGUCAUUCCUUAUCACAUAAAUUAUCGUGGCUGCUAUCAGAUAAGGAACAUUUGCUUUCUUGUUUGGAACCAUGGGCAUUCCUUUGCCAAGAGAAUUUGGCAGAGGCAACGCUUUUGUAUCUAAGAGCAGUUGAGAGAAAUCAACCUGUAUUGCUCGCAGAAAUCGAUCCUUGCUUAUUUUUACCAACAUGGAUAUCUCCUAAAACGAGCCCCAGACGUCAUCGUCGUUCAUCCUCGUAUCCGGCAAAUUUUUCUGGCGUCAAUCACAUUUUCGCGCGAGAUAAGUACAUGAGUGUCCUCACCAGAUGUCAAUUGGACAAACAAAAUAUUUCACAGUCUGUUUUAUGUGACACGGAUAGCGCUGAAAAUCAAAUGUCAAAAUCCGUACAAGUUAUUACUGACAAUGACGCACAAAGGGAUUCCAAGGUCGAUGAUGCACCUUUGAAAACGUGGAACAGUUUGCCUGCUUUGGCCAAGAGCCAUAGUAGUGCAAUUAUGGAAAGUUCAGCCCCAAACUCGCCGACAAUUCAAGAAAGCAACAAUAGCAAUAACCGAACUCGUACCAUUGAAUUGGCGGAGAUCAUCAAUGUCAAUUACUCGGAUUCGAAACAGCCCAUUGAUUCUAACAUAGACAAGCUAACGAAACCGAAAACGCCUAUCAGGAAAAUGAGAAAUCGAACGAAGGCUAAACACAGUCAAAGUAAAAAGGCUUUCGAAAAAUCAGAGGUUUCUUCAAGCGUACAUGAAAAGGUCAGAGACAUGGUUGAGGAGUCACGGCCAAUCACAAUCACAGAAUCGAUGGAGACGAAGAUGCUGCACCAAUGGAUGACACGGAAAAAGACAUCCUUCUUAGUAGGUUCAGCACCCGAGUUUACGGGUUCCUGGAGCUUGGAAGUAGAAGGUCAGAAAGACAUUCGUACGCCACGGAAAAGUUUUAUGGAGGACGGCGGCAGUAGCGUGCAGCCAAUGGCGACCGGUUAUUUCCCACGUCCAGCUGAAGGUCAGAGUUUGACUAGCUUCCUGUCUUCGGCACGAUUUUCACGCGCUCACGAUGCCGAAUUGGACCGCGAAAAUGCGCAUUUCAGCGUUUGCGAAGCGAUGAUUGCCGCCAUUGAGCAAGUCAAGUGCAACCGAUUGCAGCGGCGUUUGCUGGAUGACGUAGCCGACGAUGAGAGCGACGAGGAGAUCAACCGGUUGAAACAACGAAUCCGGUUGCGACGUCGGCAGCGCCAGGAAGAGAAGUGCCAAGGCAGACGUUGGAGUCGCGGUGACCUGCUGAGCGAUGGCAGGACCGACACGACCACGACCACCGAUCAGAGCGUCAGUCCGUUGUCCACGUCUUCGAGUAACUCCUCGGAUAGCGUGCCUACGGAGGAUUCCGAAUUGGACGACGAGCAGAGGUUGAAGAACGGUGGUAUGUCCGCGUCGACCGCGUCGUUGUUCUCGGACGCAGAAUCACGUGCGGCAAGAUUUACGGAUUCCAGUUUGAACGAGAGUAGCGUGUCCGCUGAAGGGGUAGCUCUAUCUCUUAUUAGUCGCUUCAGUGAGAAACAGCUGCCAAGGGCGAGUGAGCUGCAAUGGUUGGUUUCGGAGAAGGAUGCACCACAACGCUUAUUGCCGAUGCCGAAAAGCUGGCCGGUUAGUCCUGACGAAAUUGAGAUUGAAGAUGCGCGGACUAUCCCGCUGAGAGGGACAAUUGAAUGGGCUCCGCCGCGCCCGCAGAUCAUUUUCACGCCUCAUCCACCACCGGUAAGACGGACGCUAAUAGCCAAGCAGAAUUAUAGAUGUGCAGGUUGCGGUAUGAAGGUCGCUGUGAAAUAUGCCAAUCGGUUUCGAUACUGCGAGUACCUGGGUCGAUACUUUUGUACGGGGUGUCAUACAAAUCAGGUGGCAUUUAUACCAGGGAAAAUUCUAUCGAAAUGGGAUUUCAACCGAUAUCCCGUAUCGAAUUUCUCAUAUCGAUUACUGGAUCAAAUGAUGUCGGACCCGUUGUUUCAAGUGAACGACUUAAAUCCAUUACUAUAUAGACGAAUGAAGCAAUUAGACAAAACGAGACUUUUGCGCACAAAGUUAUUCUUUUUGAAGGAUUUCUUAUUCGCGUGCCGAUUCGCGACCAGCCUUCAAGAUGUGCUGAAGAAGGAACCAAAUUACAUCAUAAACGAUCCGCAUGUGUACUCGAUUCAAGAUUUAAUAAACGUCAAGCUCGGUGUGCUGUUCGUCAGACUGCAGGAGCUCGUUCAAAUUUGUUGCGCUCAUAUUGUAGAUUGCGAGUUGUGCCAAGCUAGAGGAUUCGUCUGUGAGCUAUGUUGUUCUAAGGACGUGAUAUUUCCGUGGGAUCUGUCAAAAGUAAUACGAUGUGAAAAAUGCGGCGCUUGCUUUCACAUCGAUUGCAAACACGGUUCUGACAAGGUCGAGUGUCCUCGAUGCGUGAGAUUGCAUGCCAGACGAAUUUCAAGGGAUGAGAAGCCCUGACGAAUGACAAGGGCGUACUUUGUCACGCUAUUCGGAAUAGGAUAUAUAUAUUAAGCACGAUAAGCCAUUUGAGUUGAUUCAAGUCUAGAAGAUAUCUUAUAAGACUUAUUUUGGACAAUAAAACAUCCUAAAGAGACAUUUAAGUUUUAUAAGUAUUUUUUGGACUUUUGAUUAUUUGGGAUAUUAAUAAUUUAUAAAACAUACUAACAACAACAUACUCAAGAUAUUAAUUAAAAUUUCUUGAAUACCUCAAAUGCAGUAUUUGGACGAUUUUUUAGAUAUUAAUGUAAAAGUCAAUUCAUUCGAAUAUAAUUAUGACUUCUGACAUAUUCGACGCAGGCCGCAAAAAUAGUUAAAGGACGUUAAAUUAUAAAGUAAAUUAGAUAAAAUAUAUACUAGGAGUAGGAUUCCAUAGUAAAAAAGUUCAGAUUUUCUUUGGUUCUCUAUUCUCUACUCAUGCAACUAAAAAUACUAUUUGUGCCUCAGUCUCGAGAAAAGAAUAUUGAAUGUGUGAACGAGACGUACAUUAUAGCGAAGACUGAAGCGUUGUGAUAUAUACGUGUUGAAUUUUGAUUUUCUUUGGAAUAAGCUGCAUAAUGCAAAUGUCUACAGACAUUUUUAGAUAUUAUUUAGAGAUGUAUCAAUUUAUGAAAAAAAAAUCUUAGAAGACAUAAAUCGGAUGAUUUAUUGAAAAAUAUAAACAUAGUUUACCAAGCAAAUUAAGAAGAUAUACUGUACUUUAUAAACUGUUACAGAGAAAGUAAACUUCUUAAA